CACACCUGAAUUUCAAGUUUGGACUGUCACGUCCAUUUUAACUUUCUCUUGCUCUCUUCACUUCAUGUACCACCAUGAGUGUCAAAUUAUUGCCAUCGCAGCCACUUGAUGAUUCCGUUUCUCCUCUAUUUCUUGAUGCUGGUGCCAUCUUUGUUGAUCCAGGUGCCGGAGGUAUCAUCGGACGCCCUAAAUUGCUUCGCUUGUUGAGGAAAUUGGGCGCCUUGCUCUGCCACGAUCCCGGGAGUGCAAAGUAUAUUCUUGUUCACCCUCAGUCUAACACUGGACGCCAGUUUAUUCGUGAUUGGGGGACCGAUGCCGACAAGAUCGUUCUGAAUCACCAAUGGGUUCAAAAAUGCUCUACUACUCGCAAAGUGCUGGGAGCUGACGACAACUGGGGGGGUUGUGCCACCCACGACGACGGGCUGCCCAUCGGCUCACCGGAUGAGAAGGAUGUCAAUCCCUUACCUACCCCCCGAGAAACACCCGUUGAUAUCAGGCCAUCUCCAAUGAAGAGCAGCUCUACAAAACGUACUCCGUCGAAAUCCCCAGCUCAGUCUAAGCCUGAAUCUCCUACAAGUCAUCCUUCUCCACCACGUACUGCGAACGAUACUCAGACUUCUGUUUCUAUUGUUCCGCCAGCGUUAUCAGAUACCUCUUCGAAUAUUCCACAAGUGUACCAGAAUAUCAUGUCUCAGCCUGGAGCUUCUGUCGGCUCUGCUGCACCGAAUCCGCCUUUUUUCCCACCGCCCAUGAUGCAUCCAGACAUGAUGCAACAGUUCUUCCACCAAAUGAAUUUGAUUAACCAUAUGAUGCAGCAGUCUAUGCCUGAUCAUCGACACCCUCUGUAUGGCGCACUGGUCGAUUCUUGUAGAAACCACCUUGGUCAAAUUUCCCAAGAGCAAUUUUCCUUUCCACCCAAUAACUCAGCUCAUUCAUUGCGUUCACCCGCCUACCAUUGUGAAGCACAACAACUAGACUGUUCUACUUCUACUUCCCUUUCCCGCUCGCACUCUCUGGAAUCCUCCGUACCAAUCCAAUCCUCGUCCCAGAAAUUCAGCUCGUCGAAGGAAAGCGCCAGAAAUCAAUCGCCUAUCCCGCGCUCACCUACCAUGCCAUCUGCGAGGCCAUCCCAAUUACCUACCGCUGCCUCACCUGCUUCGAAUAUCUUGACUGAUCCAGAGACGGGUGAAGGCUUGAACUUUUUCGUUGAAGUAAACAUGGGAUUUAGUACACAGCGUUCUGUGACUACUGCCCAGAUCAAGAAACACGGAGGUAAACUGGCACACCAGAAAGAACUCGCAGAUUAUUGCAUCCUCAGUCAGAAGUGCAAGACUUUCAAUACCGACCUCAGCGAAGCUGUUUACUAUGAUGUACCAGCUGUCAACGCGUCGUUUGUGACCGACUGCGUCAACGCGAAGCGGCUUCUUGACCAUUCCGAUUACCUUUUCGAUAUACCUCCCAAAUUACAGAAUAAACGCAAAGGACAUCAAAAGCAGCACAAACAGGGUGGUACGCCAGUCAGGGCGGAGGUAAAGGCAAAGGUGGAGAGGAAAUGGAUAGAAGAGAACCUGAGCAUGUCCCAAAACAAGAGGUUGAAUCCAGAAGAAGACGAUAAACUGCCGAAACGGCGCAAGACCGGAUGCGAGUCUACCCAUAGUCAACCAACACUGAGGCCUAUUGCUUCGGGUCAGGACUUAAGAUCGCCUUCACCACCACCAGAACAUACCCGUGUACUUUUCUCCGAAGGGAGAUACCGGUACACGCUAGAGGAGCGAGAAUAUGUCCAAGCCUAUGCUGAGGUCCUCCUCAAACGUGACAUUAAUAUCACGAAUAUUGCUAUUGCCGACCGACUUUUCAAGAAGAUGCCUCAUCAUUCCAAUAAAUCCUGGCGCGAACAGAUCCAGAAGCAUGACGGAUUUCGCACUGACAUUGAAACCCUCCGAAAGAGAGUCGGCAUCGCUCAACGACUGAAGAGGAAGAAAGCUCCAGUUGUCGAACAAAACCUUUUUAUCGAGGAGGCUCCUCUGCCAGCAGCAGCAAGCCCUCUUCCUUCUGCUGAUAUCCAAACAGGCCCGCCGCAACGGAACCUUUUUGAAGAGGACCUGAAGGCUAUUGUUGAUUUUUUUGCGUUAGACGGCGCAGACGAGGAUGAAGAUGAACCCGAUGUUAUUUGGGCAAAGCUGACGAGCAAGAUGACCUGCCAAACGGCGGCAUCAUGGGCAGACUUCCAUUGCCAGCACCAUGUCGAAAUACAGCGGCGUUAUGAACUUCUUGCAGAAAGUAACAAUGACGGGACGUAGGUAUCCGCGUGAUGAUAAUUAGUUUUCUUGAUUGUAUGAUUGCAUUGUCGAUGAUGAAUUUACUUUGAGGGUAAAUCUACAACC